GCGCGCCCCCACGUUUGUCCCAUCAUGGCGCCACCGCCAAGUCGUUGGUAUUUCACCCGGGAGCAACUAGAUCGCAGUCCGUCUCGCCGCGCUGGCUUAGACCCGGAUAAGGAGCUUUCAUACCGACAGCAGGCGGCCAAUCUCCUGCAAGAUAUGGGCCAGAGGCUCAACGUAUCUCAGCUGACCAUUAACACAGCUAUUGUCUAUAUGCAUCGCUUCUAUAUGGUCCAAUCAUUCACCAAAUUCCAUCGCAAUUCUGUAGCACCAGCUGCUCUCUUCUUAGCAGCAAAGGUGGAAGAGCAACCCCGAAAACUGGAGCAUGUCAUCAAGGUACAGCAUGCCUGUCUGAAUCCACUAGAUUCUCCUGCUCCUGACACCCGAAGUGAGGCAUACCUGCAACAAGCCCAAGACCUGGUCAUUCUAGAGAGCAUUAUACUGCAGACCCUGGGGUUUGAGAUUACCAUUGACCAUCCACAUACCCACGUAGUGAAGUGCACACAGUUAGUUCGAGCGAGCAAGGACUUGGCCCAGACAUCCUACUUCAUGGCAACAAACAGCUUGCAUUUAACCACCUUCAGCCUUCAGUACACCCCUCCCGUGGUGGCCUGUGUCUGCAUUCACUUGGCUUGUAAGUGGUCUAACUGGGAGAUCCCAGUCUCUACAGACGGAAAGUCAUGGUGGGAGUAUGUGGAUGUGACAGUCACUUUGAAGCUACUUGAUGAAUUAACUCAUGAAUUUCUUCAGAUCUUAGAGAAAACGCCUAAUCGUCUGAAGCGCAUCAGGAACUGGAGGAUAAAUCAGGCUGCCAAAAAACCUAAAGAGGGUGGAUGUGAGGAAGAUGAAGAAAGCAACAACAGUCUUUCUGAUCAAACUAUACUACGUAUGAUCUCUGGCAGUGGUAUCUUGAGCAACUCACCUUCAUCUGACUCCUCAAACCAACCAUUUUCAAUUACGAAAUUGGAGUCAGGAGGGUCAUGGAGUGCCCCAGCACCUCACCAACGUGAGCAACUUAGGACUAAUGAACAUUUAACAUGUCCAGAACAGUCCCAACACAGUUCCAAGUCAUCAACUGUAGCAACAAAAGUAAGCUUGAAAGACUACCGUGCAAAGCAUGCAGAUGAGCUGGCUGCACAGAAACGCCAGCUGGGACAACUGGAAGCCAACCUGAAGGAACAGUAUGCAUGUGCUGCUCAGAGCCUGCUUUUACAGCAGCAACGGGAAAAGGAGACUCGCGCAUCCCCGAUUAUUCUAAAGAUUCCGUUGCAUGAAGUAAGCCAUGAGCGGUCAGAGAAAUCCUCUAGUCUGAAGUUACGCCUUCCAGUGUCUAGCCGUGAUAAGCCUGAAGAAGGAAAGAUCCGUAUUAAAAUGCCAGGUGAUGAGAGUAGUGGCAACAGCAGUAGUGGCAACAGCAGCAGUGGCAAAAACAGGGACAAGCACAGGACUAGCUCUUCAUCCUCACAUCACCACCACCAUCACCAUCAUAGCAGCCAGUCUCACCGCCAGCACCAGCAAGACCCAUCAGCCAGCAGUAGCAGCAAAAGGUCUACAGCUGCUGUGGGAGGCUCCUUACACAAAACAUCUUCUUCCAGAAAGAGGCCUCCACCAGAGGAGGUUACUGGACAUGAACCUUCACACAAAACAAACAGGACUUCCAAACAUCCCCCUCUUGAUUCAUCUGUCCAAAACAAAAUACGUGUGACACACAACAAAACAGACAGGGAGCCCACAAGUGCAAAUGGGCACAGUGGACAUAAGAUAAUUGAUUACCAGGACACAGUUAACAUGUUGCAUUCACUACUGAGUGCACAGGGAGUGCAGCCCAUGCCAGCCCCUCAGUAUUUGAAUCAAUAUGGAGAGUAUCGCCGGGCAAAACCCAGCAAUCCAGAAAAGACUAGACCACCUCCACUCCCUGCUGAACCUCCGCCCCCACUUCCGCCUCUUCCAAAGUGAUUGCUAGACUUACAAACUCCUUGUAAGUCUAGCACAUUGGAGUGGCUAUUUUACCAGCAUAUUUUUCUCUGCCUUCAAUCUUCCUUGUUUGUCUUUGCUGAUUAUAUCAUGACUUUGUUUCCCUAAAAACAUUGUAUUAUUUUUCUUCAGGUUUCUAAAAUCUUUGUUUCCAGGAUUCAAGUGGUGCCGCAACACUUUUCAUUGUACAUAGCUGUAUUCAUUUGUUGAUCAGAAAAUCACACUCUCUAUUUGUCUUUAAUUUCUCAAAUAUUUUAUUGCUAUCUCUGCUUCUAACAAACGGGUCAUAGAUUUUAUUAAAAUAUAAGAAGCAGAAGCAAUGGAAAUCAAUACAAAGAACAAACUUGAUAUUA